AUGAUCAAAAAGCCCGUUCCUGCAGAACGUUCGGCGUAUGUACCACCUACCACCGAGGUCGUGGUGAGUGGUUACCUACGCACAUCGCGAAGGAUGGACGCAGAUGUGUUGGUGUGUAAGUGCGUAUUCGUGUGUGUUGCUUCGAAUGCGUACAAUACGCGUGUGCGUUGUGCGUUUGUCGCGUGCGCACAAGACGUCUACGAGACCAGCGAUGACAACAACCAUACCGACCACGAGCGAAGAGGACCACUCUGCCAAACGCAUCGGGCUCGAUCGCGCGUGAUUUAUAUCAUAUCUGCGGCCUUGUCUCUGCAACUUGUGACUUGUGCACUUAACUCUUUUCGUCGUUCGGAUUUUUUUACCGUCACUCUCUCGGACCCACCUUGGGGUCUUCUUUUUCCUAUCCAGUUUCGUUUUCGAAUCUUCAAAAUUCCGCCCGUAACAUACAUCACGCCGCCGACGGAUUCGACGUUAGCGGACGUUGUCAACGGCGGCGGAGGACUACCGUUUUCCACAACUUAUCUGUUCAUGGUGGGCAUUCUGAUCGUGUACAUGUUUUUAAUGUUACGGAAGGAUAACCGUCGCCGCCACCCAUACUACAUCAGCGACGACUUCAGCGACGACAGCGAGAGCUAA